AUGGUUGUUUUGGCUGCUUCUAUUACUACACGUCAGGGGAAACCUCUUCUAUCGAGACAAUUUAAAGAUCUGUCCAAGGAUCGAGUCUUAGAGUUGUUAUCCAACUUCCAGAAUCUAGUCUCCGAGAUCUCGUCAGACCACACAUUUGUCGAGGACAAGCAUGUCCGUUACGUGUAUAGACCCUUUGACAACUACUACAUCAUCCUUAUCACAAACCGCCAGUCUAACAUCAUCAAAGAUUUGGCCACAUUAAAUCUGUUUUCGCAGACAAUCAACUCCUAUUUGUCUAGUUUCCAAGACCAAGAGAUUUUUCACAAUGCCUUUGAGAUUUUGUCUUCAUUCGAUGAAAUCGUGUCGAUGGGCGGUUACAAGGAGAACUUGUCAUUCACCCAAGUGCAGACAUACUUGUCUAUGGAAUCUCACGAAGAAAGGAUUCAGGAGAUUAUUGAGCGUAAUAAAGAGAUUGAAGCUACUGAGGAAAGGAAGCGUCGUGCUAAGGAAAUCGCAAGAAAGGAGCAUGAAAGGAAACACGGGUUUAUGUCUUCAAACGGCGAUUACGAUGGCGCCAACAGAUUUAUGGCCAGUAAAGAUCCCAACGUCACAAACGCCAUCAACAGUUACUACUCCCACGCUUCUCCCGCAGCACAACAGUCUUAUCUACAAAGUGCCCAUGCCGCUGUUGCUGAGGUGGCGCCAAUGGCCUCCCCAAUCGCUACUUCUCAGCGUACAGGGUCUUCCUCCACAGGCGGUAUGAAGUUAGGUGGUAGUGCCGGAAGAAGAACGGGUGCCGCACCACGCCCAAGUGCAAUCUCUUCUGCUUCUUCUAGCGCACCUCCUCCUCCGGAAGAGGAUGUCCCAGAGAACAAUGGUAUCUUGAUCUCUAUCAAGGAAGUAAUAAACGCAGAGUUCUCCAGAGACGGCACCAUCCAUUCUUCCGAAUUGAAAGGUGUCUUAGAACUAAGGAUUAAUGACCACGACUUGUCUCACUCCAACCUAAAACUGGCUGACUCUAUUGACGUUCGCGAUAAAUCUUUCCAGUUUAAGACCCAUCCAAACAUAGAUAAGCAAUCGUUCCUAUCCACUAAACUAAUCUCCCUGCGUGAUAAAUCCAAGGCUUUCCCAGCCAACGACCAAAGCUUGGGUGUUCUAAGAUGGCGUAAAAUUGCUCCCGCAGAGGAUGACUCAUUGGUUCCUUUGACUCUAACUACUUGGGUUUCCCCUUCCGAAUCACAACAGGGCUUCGAUGUCAUCAUCGAAUAUGAAAACGUCCUGGAAACAGAACUUUCUGAUGUGGUCUUUACCAUUCCAGUGUUCCCUCAGGAACCAGUAGACAUAAAUACAGAGUCAUCUACGUGCUCCGACGCUGAAGUUGUCAACAUGGACCAAGAAACCGGAACUUCCAUUAAGAUUAGCAAAAUCGGCGCCAACGAUGCGGGUGCACUAGCGUUCACCAUUGAAGCCCCAUACGAGGACGCAUUGUACCCAAUGACCGUUUCCUUCCAAGAAUCCACGAGAGAUAAAUCAGCUAAGAGUUUCACCGGUAUGGCCAUCCAAUCUGUCGUCAUGGCCGAUGACCACGAUCAAGAGCUCCCUUACGACGUCAUUACCUCCCUGAAAUCAGAUGAAUAUCUUGUCCAAUAG